AUGGUUGAUGUUGACAAAGAUAAAUGGAUCAAAGCCAUGGAUCAAGAAAUAAAGUCUAUGCACUCCAAUUCUGUCUGGGAACUUUUAGAUCAACCAGAUGGAGCUAAACCCAUAGUGUAUGUAGACGAUAUGAUUGUCAUAGGGAAUGAUAAGUCCUUGGAAUCUGAUUUAGUUAAGGUGCUUGAUCGUCAAUUUGCUCUCAAAGAUCUGGGUAUCUUGAACUAUUUUUUGGGUGUUCAAAUACAUUACUUCAAUGGUGGUGUUAUCAUCAACCAAGAGAAAUAUGUUGAUGAUUUACUUCAUAGGCUUGGAUUUCAUGAUCUGAAGGCAGCACCUACACCAAGUAUAGUAGGCAGACAACUGUCUCUCAAUUAUGGUACACCUCUUAGGGAUCUGUUUACCUAUCGUAGCAUAAUUGGUGCAUUACAAUACUUGACAAACACCAGGCCCGAUAUCACCUAUGUUGUGAAUCAACUUAGUUAG